AUGACUCUUGAUAUUUUACCAUUAUUUGAUAACACACCAAUAUCGAAACCAUAUAUCACUAAUGAACAACAACAAUAUCAACAACCAAGACAACUACAUUCACCAAUUUCAUCACCAUCAACUCCAAUUACACCACAAUAUAAAAAACAAAAAGUACAUAAUCAUCACCAAAACAAUCAUCAUAAUAAUAAUAACACAACUAAUUAUAUGUUAGAUGGAUUUAUGUUUAAUAAUCAAUAUAAAUUUGUUAAAAAAAUUGGUGCAGGUACUUAUGGAUUAAUUUAUCUUGUAGAAAAUAUUUUUACAAAAGAAAGAUUUGCAGCCAAAAUGUUAUUAAAACAACCACCAUUAAAAUUAAAUGAAUAUUCAAAUACACAUGCAUCAUCAUCAUCACAUUCAUCAUCAUCAAAUUCAUCACAUUCUUCAUCAUUAACUAAAUCAUUAAUACAACAACAAUUUUAUAAUUAUUUUGCAAAUCAAAUAAUACCAAAUCCAACAAAAUUAAAUUUACAAGAAUUAAAAUCUCAAACAAUUCAAGAUUGUCCAUAUUUAAGUGAAAUUUCAUUACAUUUAAAAGUUCAUAAUCAUCCAAAUAUUAUAACAAUACAUGAUGUUUAUCAAUUAAAUUCAAAUUUUGCCAUAGUAAUAAUGAUGGAUUAUUUUGAACAAGGUGAUUUAUUUGGUAAUAUAAUUGAUAAACAAAUUUUUCAAAAUCAUCAAAAUAAACAAAUUUUAAUGAAAAAUGCAAUGUUACAAUUAAUUGAUGGAGUUGAAUAUUGUAAUCAAAAAUCAGUUUAUCAUUGUGAUUUAAAACCUGAAAAUAUAAUGGUUAGAUAUAAUCCAAAUUAUAAAAGAACUAACAACAACAGUAAUAUAAUAGAUUAUAAUGAAUUACAUUUAGUAUUGAUAGAUUUUGGGUUAGCAAUGGAAUCAAAAUCAAUAUGUUGUAAUUCAUGUCGUGGAUCAUCAUUUUAUAUGGCACCAGAAAGAACAACAAAUUAUAAUACAAAUAAAAUUAUUAGAUCAAUGAUUGAUAUGUCACAAUAUCCAUCAAUUAAAUAUAAUCAACAAUCAAAUCAACAAACAAAUGAAUCAAAUUGUAAAUAUUUACCAACAUUAGCUGGUGAUAUAUGGUCAUUAGGUAUAUUAUUUAUAAAUAUUACAUGUUCAAGAAAUCCAUGGCCAAUUGCUUCAUUUAAUGAAUCAUCACAUAAUAAUUCAAAUGAUGUAUUUACAAAUUAUAUUUUACAAAAUGAUAAAAAAAUAUUGGCUUCAAUUUUACCAAUAAGUUCACAAUUUAAUCAAUUAUUAAAUAAAAUUUUUAAAUUAAAUCCAAAUGAUAGAAUUGAUUUAAUUAAUUUAUAUAAUGAAAUUUUAAAAUGUGAUUUUUUCAAAGAUGAUUACUUUGGAUAUAAACCACAACAUCAACAACAACAACAACAACAACAAACCCAUUAUCAUCAUGACGCAAUCAAAUCUCAUAUUAAAAUUCAUCAACCACAAUAUAAUCAUAACGUUCAUCAAUCAAAUAAUCAAUUAUUUACACCACCAGAAUCAACAGCAUUUAAUUCAUAUGCAAGUGAAUUUGAAGAAGAAAUGGAUGAAGAUGAAGAAGAAGAAGACGAUGAUGAAUAUUAUACAGAUGAAGAAGAUUUUGAAGAAGAUGAUGAAGAUAUAAAAUUAGAACAACAACAACAACACCAGCAACCACAUAAAGAUGAUUAUGAUGAAUUUUAUUUUAAUACAAAAACAUAUAAUACAUUUCCUACAAACACUUAA